AUGAGCUUAAUGAAGAAGAGAUCUAGCUUCGGCAAGAAGUAUUCAGAUACAAUUUUCAACGUGAAAGAUGAGCAUCAGGGUACAUACCGGAAAUUGUCGGAAGAAGAGCAAGUGCAGAUGAGGAGAGUAAACUCCGAAGAGUCUACACCUAAAGUUACUAAAAAACGCAUACGUCCUUUGAGUUUUACUUAUGGCCAAGAAAUUGCUCGAUCAAUAAGUGAAAAAUUCAAAAGAAAGUCGAAAGGAAGUCCCAAAGGUUCGAAAAAUGCUAAAUACCCUACUUCCGGUCAACCAGAAGAAACCAUCGAGCGUAGAGACAGUUUCCCCGGAAAUAGAUCGACAACAGUACAAAAGGUGACAAAGGAACCAUUAGAAGGAGAAAAGUACAGUCUGGGCGGAAGUUCCGAUAUUCCAUCUGAAAAUGUGUCGGAGACAUUUCGUUGUAGUAAGGAAAUAGAAAAGAACCCGAGAAGACAGGUUGUGAGUGCCGAAAUGAAUAUUCGUCCAGUUUCGGCGUCUUUUGUUGAAGGUUUGGCAAAGGAAACAACCACACGUCCAUUAACUCCGCCACUUCCGGUUACAAAUGUGAAUUUAACUCAAAUAUCGGACAAAACUGAUGUCAGAGGCGAGAAUAAACGUGACAACAACAAAAGUACAAAACGAAGGAAAAAGAAAAAGACACGUUCAUCGUCGUCUUCAUCGUCGUCUUCAUCUUCUUCAUCUUCAUCGACCGAUACCGAGGCCGAGAAAAAACCGAGUGACAAAGAUGUCGGAUCAAAACAGCGAUGUAUUUCGUAUUAUGGUCCGGUUGUGAUGGACGGGAAGACUUUGAGGCUUCCAACCGAGGGGACGGGCAUGCGCAGAUACCACAGCCUUACUCUCCCCUGCUGGGACGGGACCGUAAUUAAGAAUGGUAGGAUCAUAGACGACAAUGAUGCGUCACCGACGUCACCUCCACUUGAAUUUGAAAAACCGAAGGUGAAAACUUCCGGUAGCGGAUAUCCUUUGAUCAAUUUCAGGUCAAAGACUUUAGAGGCACGCCCACAUCCCAGUGACGUCACUAAGGAAACCGACAUCGGACAAAACCAACUUGACUUUGAAGUAAGAAAGCCGAAGCUGAUAUAUUCCUCGCGAGCAGACCUUGGACAAAUCAAGACUAACAAAACAGGGAACUCAAACCGGAACCGGAAGUUUACUUCUUCACAUUCUGAUCUAAGCAGUUCAGAUUCAGAAUGUAAAAAAUCAGACACACCUGUUCGCCCAAAAGUGAUUUCAAGAACCGCUUCGGAUGAGAGAAAAGCCGAAGCAGUCAAGCAGAAAGUGGUCAGUUCCGUGUCCAGUCCUGCUAGAGCCGGUGAUCCAGAUUUAGUCUACACAACAGCUGAUAUAACGACAGGAUUAAAUCAAACACCACAAUAUUCCACAGGCGAUAUACCGGUAGAGAAGAAAAUAGAUUCGUCAGUGGUUGUAAAGACCGAAGCUGGUCCAUACGUCGAACAUCUGCAGCCACAAUUGAAAGCUGUUCCUAAUACCAAAUCAACAUCGCCUGCUGCCAUUCCCAAAGCUGACACUAGAUUGAAGCGUAGCUCAGAUCGACCCUUGCUGAAACAAGACAAUACUGAUGGUCCGUUUGAGAAAAGCAAUUCAGAAGAAUUAUCUCAUGGACAAAAUUACACCGACAAUCCUCCAGAGAAAGACACCGGCAAAACAAAGGACAAAAGCUCAGCAAAAAGUAGCAACGACAAGAGUUCAUGCAACUUAUCGGGUGGUGAUUCAAAGAGUGUAGAAAAUAGAUUUGAACAACUUCUUGAUUUGGACGAUCCAGAUGUUGGAGAUACGUAUGUAGAAGAAGAACUACCUCUUCGGAUCAUAGUUGAAGACGACGUCCAGGAGAACCCCUCGUCACACGCGUCCUCAAGCUCCAGUUCUAGCUCAGACGAGGACACAACAAAGGAAGAGAAAUUUCGGAAUAUUGUUGAGACAAAAAAGCCUGUCCCGGUACCAAGGAGAAGUCAAAGCGUUACAAGGUCGGAAUCACAAGACGGAUGUCCCUUGGAGGAAAUAACCUCAUGUGUACCGACUUUAGCUAAAUGUGAAAUUGAGGUGGUGCGGAAGUCAUCUAUUUCAUCGUCAUCAUCGUCAGAUUCUGAUGUUGCUUGCGAGAAGAAAUCAUUUGAAAAUUCACCGAAAGUGAACAUCACACCGAAAGUUAAGUCAGGCAGUAUUUCAGAAGAUAUAAACAGCGAUCAGGAAUCAAAGGAAAAACGCCAUCGUUCAGAUUCAUCCUCGUCUUCAUCAUCUUCUUCGUCGUCCUCUUCCUCUUCAGAUCGACGUCGUAAGUUAACCAGUUCGGCAAUAAAGCCUAACCCAGAAGUUAUUUUGAUGAGAAAACAACCUAAAGAAACACUUGAACAGACAGUAAACGACAGGAAUUUCCCUGUUGUUGAUGAUACGGAGGUUUCCGCUACUAAAAUCUUAGAUUUUUCCAAUGUUAAUAUAAGGGACAAACCCGUUAUUGAAAACAGUGAAAUUCCGAUUGUAGAAACAAAGAUUAUUUCCGCAAAAACAUCGGACAUCCAUGCGGUUGAUAUAAAAGACAUUCCCGCUGACGAAAUAAAGGAUGUUCCGUCCGUUGCCAUAAAAGACAUUCCUGCAGUUGAAAUAGAGGGUAUUCCAUCAGUUGAUAUAAAAGGCAUUCCCGCUGUUGAUAUAAAGGAAAUUCCCACAGCCAAAAUAAAGGAUAUUCCAUCAGUUAAUAUAAAGGGCAUUCCCGCUGUUGAUAUAAAAGACAUUCCCGAUGUUGAAAUAAAGGACAUUCCCCCAGUCGAAAUAAAGGACAUUCCCACAGUCGAUACAAAGGACACUCCUACAGUCGAUACAAAGGACAUUCCCACAGUCGAUAUAAAGGAUAUUCCCGCAGUCGAUAUAAAGGAUAUUCCCGCUGUUGAAAUAAAGGAUAUUUCCACAGUCGAAAUAAAGGACAUUCCCGCAGUCGAUAUAAAGGAUAUUCCCGCAGUCGAUAUAAAGGAUAUUCCCGCAGUCGAUACAAAGGACAUUCCCGCAGUCGAUAUAAAGGAUAUUCCCGCAGUCGAUAUAAAGGACAUUCCCGCAGUCGAAAUAAAGGACAUUCCCGCAGUCGAUAUAAAGGACAUUCCCCCAGUCGAAAUAAAGGACAUUCCCACAGUCGAUACAAAGGACAUUCCCGCAGUCGAUACAAAGGACAUUCCCGCAGUCGAUAUAAAGGAUAUUCCCGCAGUCGAUAUAAAGGAUAUUCCCGCUGUUGAAAUAAAGGAUAUUUCCACAGUCGAAAUAAAGGAUAUUCCCGCUGUUGAAAUAAAGGAUAUUUCCACAGUCGAAAUAAAGGACAUUCCCGCAGUCGAUAUAAAGGACAUUCCCGCAGUCGAAGUAAAAGAGAUUCCCGCAGUCGAAGUAAAGGACAUUCCCGCAGUCGAUAUAAAGGACAUUCCCGCAGUCGAAGUAAAGGAGAUUCCCGCAGUCGAUAUAAAGGACAUUUCCACAGUCGAUACAAAGGACAUUCCCGCAGUCGAUAUAAAGGACAUUCCCGCAGUCGAUAUAAAGGAUAUUCCCGCAGUCGAUAUAAAGGAUAUUCCCGCUGUUGAAAUAAAGGAUAUUUCCCCAGUCGAAAUAAAGGACAUUCCCGCAGUCGAUAUAAAGGACAUUCCCGCAGUCGAAGUAAAGGACAUUCCCGCUAUUGAAAUAAAAGAUUUUCCUUCAGUCGAAAUAAAGGACAUCCCCGCAGUCGAUACAAAGGACAUUCCCGCAGUCGAUACAAAGGACAUUCCCACAGUCGAUAUAAAGGACACUCCUACAGUCGAUACAAAGGACAUGCCCGCAGUCGAAAUAGAGGACAUUCCCGCUGUUGAAAUAAAAGAAAUUCCCGCAGUCGAUAUAAAGGACAUUUCCGCUGAAAUCCCUUGUGUUGCAGUUCAGAAUAAUUUAGAUCAAGCUUUACAAGUUUCACCAGUGGAAAGAAAGGGUACACCUGGGAUUGAAACCAAAAAAGAUUUGAAACUUGAAAAGGAAGCGACGGAAACACAGAAACUGCCUGAAGCUAAAUCUAUCUGGAACCACUCCUUUUCUUCUUCAUUUUCUGACGGAGCAUACGAGACGCCGGAAGAGGAAAUCAAAAUACCUACAAGAGAAGUACUACAGAAAUCGCCUGAAUAUCAAAACGAUAUUUCCAUAUACGAAGAACCAUUAAAAAGUCGACGUCGUGCUUCAAGCUCGUCCUCCUCUUCGUCGUCGUCGUCCUCGGGAUCGGAAAAGUCACGUGACAGGAAGACAGACGAAAUAAAGCUCAAACUAAACGGGACACUAGACGCUGAAAUUAAAGAUACUAUUAUUAGAGUACCGGAGGGAGACGAAAUGCCGGAAUGCGUGUAUGACGUCAUAGUUGUAAAAGAAUCUAGUCCAAAAGACAGUGGAGCAGACGACAUCCCACCGACACCUCCACCGAGAAGGAACAGAAAGGUUAAGAAGAACAGCCAAAAUUCGCAUCAACAAACCCGGAAAACGUCGUCGUCUUCGCUUUCUAGUUUAGAAUAUUUCGAACCAGUCGAUACCGGAAUUACGUCACCAACCUUUAAAAAUAAAGAUAUUCAGAGCGUAUAUGACUCUAUUCUAGAAGGAAGCUUGCUGAAGGACAGAGACACGAUUGACCUGGAAUUUCUGAAACAGCACCAAAAGGAAUUUCCAAAAAGCAGGCACAUAUCUCCAGAUGGUAUCAUCAUGCCAACAACAGAAACUUCACUACUCACAGAAAAUCAGAAACGUAAACAGAACAUUGACAAGAAGCCAUGCCGACGCGACACAUCAUCAGAUGAAAGCAAAGUUCUUCGACCUAGUUGGUCAACGGACGAAGACAAGAAGAACUUCCCUCGACGUAGCAGUCCAUCAGACGAAAGAAAAAAGAAAUCUCGUCGACGCAGGACUUCAUCAAACGAAGACAAAAAGAGAACUCGUAAACGCAGCACUUCAUCAGACGAAGAUAAAAAGAAAACUCGUCGACGCAGCACUUCAUCAGACGAAGAUAAAAAGAAAACUCGUCGACGCAGGCCUUCAUCAGACGAGGACAAAAAGAAAUCUCGUCGACGUAGCGCUUCAUCAGACGACGGAAAAAAGAAAUCUCGUCGACGCAGCACUUCAUCAGACGACGGGAAAAAGAAAUCUCGUCGACGCAGCACUUCAUCAGACGAAGACAAAAAGGAAGCUCGUCGACGCAGGUCUUCAUCAGCCGAAGGCAAAAGGAAAUCUCGUCGACGUAGCGCUUCAUCAGACGACGGGAAAAAGAAAUCUCGUCGACGCAGCACAUCAUCAGACGAAGACAAAAAGGAAGCUCGUCGACGCAGGUCUUCAUCAGCCGAAGACAAAAAGAAAUCUCGUCGACGUAGCGCUUCAUCAGACGACGGGAAAAAGAAAUCUCGUCGACGCAGCACUUCAUCAGACGACGGGAAAAAGAAAUCUCGUCGACGCAGCACUUCAUCAGACGAAGACAAAAAGGAAGCUCGUCGACGCAGGUCUUCAUCAGCCGAAGGCAAAAGGAAAUCUCGUCGACGUAGCGCUUCAUCAGACGACGGAAAAAAGAAAUCUCGUCGACGCAGCACUUCAUCGGACGAAGACAAAAAGGACUCUCGUCGACGCAGGUCUUCAUCAGCCGAAGGCAAAAAGAAAUCUCGUCGACGUAGCGCUUCAUCAGGAGACAGAAAAAAGAAAAAUUGCCGACGUAGCACUUCCUCAGAUGAAAAGAAAAAGACAACAAGUCGACAGAGAAGAUCGCAUGGAAACCAGAGGAAAACUAGUCGACGUGAUAAUUCGUCAGACGAAAACAAGCAAUCUCGCCGACGUAGCCCUCAAUUAGACAAAGAUGAAAGGAAAACAUGUCGACCUAGCUCUCCCUUAGACCGAAAUGAACAUGAAAACUACCAUACAAGUGAUACCUCGGACGAAGAAAGCCCAGAAAACCGUCGACCUCCUCUAUCAUCACAAUCAUCUGACGAGAGAAGAAGAAAUAGUCGCAGACCGAGUUCAUCAUCAGACGAGCAGAAAAACAAGGACCGCCGACCGAGUUCGUCAUCAGACGAGCAGAAAAUCAAGGACCGCCGACCGAGUUCGUCAUCAGACGAGCAGGAAAUCAAGAACCGCCGACCUAGUUCAUCAUCAGACGAGCAGAAAAUCAAGAACCGCCGACCGAGUUCGUCAUCAGACGAGCAGAAAAUCAAGGACCGCCGACCGAGUUCGUCAUUAGACGAGCAGAAAAUCAAGAACCGCCAACCGAGUUCAUCAUCAGACGGUCAGCAAAACAAGGACCGCCAACCGAGUUCAUCUUCAGACGAGCAGAAAAUCAAGAACCGCCGACCGAGUUCAUCAUCAGACGGUCAACAAAACAAGGACCGCCGACCGAGUUCAUCAUCAGACGUGCAGAAAAACAAGAACCGCCGACCAAGUUCAUCAUCAGACGAGCAGAGAAACAAGGACCGCCGACCGAGUUCAUCAUCAGACGAGCAGAGAAACAAGGACCGCCGACCGAGUUCAUCAUCAGACGAGCAGAGAAACAAGAACCGCCGACCUAGUUCAUCAUCAGACGAGCAGAGAAACAAGGACCGCCGACCUAGUUCAACAUCAGAGACAGAUAUAGAGGAAACAUGUCAAAAGAAUUCAUCACUGGUUGAGGGAACGGUCCUACAACCCGAUGAUCUUUUGGGUGUGUGGCGAUGUGAUGUCACAGAGGCCCGACGUCAUCAAGGCCACUCUGCAAUAGUAGCCAUAGACUUGGGAACAACUUACAGUGGGUACGCUUACUGUUUCACCUCCGACCCAAAUCAAGUGUUUAUGAUGAGGAAAUGGGAGGGUGGAGAUCCGGGUGUGAUUAAUGAAAAGACCCCUACGUGUCUUCUGCUAACCCCUGACCUCGCGUUUCAUUCGUUUGGAUUUACAGCAAGAAAUACAUAUCAUGACCUUGACCCAGAUGAUGCAAACUCGUGGGUAUACUUCGAAAAGUUCAAAAUGAGGCUACAGAUUGAAUCAGAUUUAGGUACAGACCUCACUCUCGGCGCCAGUAACGGACGACAAUUGAAGGCUCUCUCGAUUUUCUCAUUGGUCCUGGCGUUCUUCAAGGAUCAUGUUCUACGAGAACUGAGUGACCAGUGUGGCCGGAUAGUGCUGACCGAUGACAUCCGGUGGAUACUGACCGUUCCCGCCAUCUGGCGGCCCUCUGCUAAGCAGUUCAUGAGACAAGCGGCGUAUGACGCUGGGCUAGUAGCCAAAGAUUUCCCGGAACAGCUGCUCAUAGCGCUGGAACCGGAAGUGGCGUCAGUAUACUGCCGGAAGUUAAAACGCCAUCAAACACUGACUGAUAUCCCACGUCAUGCCCCCUGGAUGGGACAGCCAUUUAAAUGUUUAGAUAAGGAUUCCGCUGUUGAUGAUCACGUGACCGAUUUAAAAUUUGUGUCUCGGGCGCAGUGGAAAUCUCACGAGAGUUUGGAUACAGUCAUGAGAGGCGUACGGUACAUGGUAGUAGACUGUGGUGGAGGGACAGUAGACAUCACGGUACAUGAACUGGACAAUUUCGGACAUCUGGGAGAGAUCUACAAGGCCAGUGGUGGAGCUUAUGGAGCUGUUGGCGUGGACCGAGCAUUUGUGGCCUUACUGGUCAGUAUAUUCGGACAUGCAUUCAUUGACCAAUACAAGACCAAAUGUCCAGCAGGAUGGAUUGAUCUCAUGAUGAACUUCGAAGCUAAAAAGCGAUCCAUGUUUCCCUACAAGUCCUCGUCUCUUAACAUCUCUUUACCGUUUUCAUUUAUCAACUUCUACAAAAAAUUCCACAAGCCUUUGCAAGGAAGUAUUGAGCACGUUAUCCGGAAGUUCCAUGACAAAGACGUACAGUGGUCCCCGCAAGGCAUGCUCAGACUAGCCCCAUACGCCAUGUUCCGUCUGUUCGUCCCUGUCCUGGACAAGAUUAGGUCGGCCAUCGGUGACGUACUCAAUAAUCCAGAUGUCAGAGAUCUGAGAUACUUGUUCCUGGUUGGAGGGUUUGCAGAGUCUGCCAUCUUGCAGCACGAGAUCCGGAAGGAGUUUGGUGAGCUCGUGAACGUGGUGGUACCUUCCGGGUCAUCGACUGUCAUCCUGAAAGGCGCAGUCCAAUUCGGCCUCCAUCCGGAGAUUGUUGCAGUGAGGCGGUCCACGCAAACAUAUGGCAUAGGCAUUCUUAAUAAGUUUGACGAUAGUAAACACAUCGAUGAUAAGAAAGUCAUUCGGGAAGGACAGGAUUGGUGCACUGAUAUUUUUGAUGCCUUUAUAUCCAUUGAUCAGCCAGUCGCCGUCGGUGACGUCGUUCUGCGGAGUUAUACUCCCGCACAAACUGACCAGAAGGUCAUCAAAAUCAACAUUUAUGCUAGUGACGUUGUCCAUCCGAAUUACGUCACUGAUGAAGGGGUACGAAACUGCGGCUCUCUUACGCUAGACAUUUCUGAAACAGCGUCUGAUAUCAUUCCAAAAACACGAGAAAUUCAAGUUCGAAUGCACUUUGGAGACACUGAAAUUAAAGUUAGUGCGUUAGAUACCUCAAAUGGUCGACACGUAAAAGUUGCCAUAGAUUUCCUUUAUGCGUAA